AUUCUAUUAGAGAUAAUUUUCCUGGUUUUUAUGCUAGUAUGAAUCAGAUAUAUAAUAUUAGGCAAUCAAUAAGGAGAGAUGAAAUGGAGGGCAGGACUCCCCUUCAACACUGUCUUCAUAUGGCCACAGAACAUAAUUAUGUGGUCUGGACAGAGUUGGAUAAUGACGGGCACUUGAGCAGACUUUUAAUUGCAAAUCCUACUUCAAUCCAAAUGAUACGUACGUGGCCGUAUGUUGUGCUGAUAGAUACAACGUACAAAACGAACAAAUCAAAGUGGCCACUAUGUGAAGUCAUCGGAAUGACGCCAACAAAUCACAACUUCUUGGUUGCGUUUUGUUUGAUGCGAGAUGAGGCGGCUGUGUCGUACUCGUGGGUGCUGCAGGGAUUGAGAGAUAUUUUCGGCAGUGCUCAGACUCCUAGCGUCAUUGUAACCGAUCGUGACGAAGGUUUAUCUGCAGCUAUUCGUGACGUCUUCCCAGAUGUACGUCAUUUGUUAUGCACCUGGCAUAUUGGCAACGAUGUUGAGAACAUGGUGGACAAGUUGUGCGGCGGCAAGAAAAAUCAACAAGGGCAGAUAUUUAGGAAAAGUAGAUGGAACCCCUUGGUUGAAAGUGCUACAAUCCGGGAAUAUGAAAAGAGAUGGGAAGGGAUCGUCAGUACGUGGUCGGUUAGGAACCGAAGGGUCGUUCGGUAUUUGACUGGAACAUGGAUUCCACUUAGAGAGAAAUUUGUGCGUGCGUGGACGAAUGAUUGUUUACACUUGGGUAACCAUACUACCAGCAGAGUGGAAAGCCAACACUCGUCUUUUAAGUAUUACCUUGGUAGCGGUAAUAGCUCAUUCGAUACCCUUUUCAAAAGGGCGCACGCACAGAUUACAAAUCAACAAGCUAAAAUCCGACAAUCGCUACAGGAAUCCAUGACCUCUGUACCAAGAACGCUACGACAGUAUUUCUUUAGACCUCUAUAUCGCCACGUGUCUCUCUAUGCCUUGGAGCAGAUCCAGAAUGAGUUCAACCGCAUGUUAGAACUGGAUGAUCCAGGAGGUCGUGAUUUCUCACAGUUUCCAUGGCCUGAUUACAUCCCAUUCAUGCUUCCUCCUUAUUUGUUCGACUGGAUUGAUGUGUUAGCAACGUUUCUUAACAUUGCCAUUGCUUUUUAUGGUUCUUCUAACGGUGAUUCAUUAAACAACUGUUUGAUUCUUCCUUUAAGAAAAUCACAGGCCGCGAGAAGUGUAAAUAAACUAAUACAUAUACUUUGGGUUAAUCGAAAUCAUUUUGUUCAACUUUUUAUGAACGAUGAUUCAUCCCCUCUGCCGCCGAUCCACCCACGUUGGAAACAAGCAGCUGACAAUUUCGCGAAAGAUCUUGACACAAAUUUCACUACGAGGAUUAUGCUGUGGAAUAAUCUACGCGGGGCACCCCCACCAACAAAUAACACCGCUGACGAUGCUGUAAAUUUAGAUACUCCAUAG